GAGGUUAUCAGAGAGCAGCCAAUGGCAUCAAUCACCAACCUGCACGAGGCAAUGGAAAACAUCAUUCGCCUGACUGCCUUGAGACCAUACAUGGACCCUCUGACCCGCUCUCAGCUGGUACAAAAAAUCACCCAGAAGGUCUUCCAGUUGCCAUCCUUGCAGGUUAUGAAGAUCAAAGCUGGGAGCUCGGUCAAAGCAACACCGAGCCAGGACUGUUAUCAAGAAACCGUGUACAUCUGGCUCAACAUGCUCACCAGCUUGCUGUCAGAGGCCCCCUCUCUGAAGACGCUGCAGGAGAUAUUAGUGCACAUAAAAGGCUGGAUUGACUCCACAAAAAUCAGUGAGCGGCAAAGAGCAGUCAAGACCACCAACGCACUCCUGAAAUAUGUCUCCGAGCAUCUGGACUUUGAUGUAUCCCAGGAUUUCCCCCUUCUUGGGCAGCUGGUGGCGCUCUUGUCCCUUCACCUCACAGACAAUGUGAAGGAGAUUGGCCUGCAGUCAGCGGAGGCAUUAUAUCAUCUCCAUUACAUCUUGAUAGCCAAAAUGGGUAAGGAACUGGAGAAGAGGGGGAAUAAAAAUAAGAAAGGCAAGAUGGUCAGAUGGGUCCGAGAAGACUUCUUUAUCCCUGGGCCCUCCCUCUUCCACUACAACAUCGCAAAAGUGGCCAAGGCUUUUGGGGAGCACCUCACGCCCAGCCAGAUCAAUGAAGUCGUGUUGAAGGCGAUUGACAACCUGACAGUGGAAGACAGAGCCGUCUCUCAGGCUGCAGGAAAGCUCCUAAGGUCCUUCCUUGAGGAAUGUGGAAUUGAGAUGGAAAAC